GUGCAAGUCUGUUUCGAGUCUAUCACGAAUCGUUGUCAAAUUAAGUUUUCGAUGUUCAUGUCUUUUUGGUUAACAGCACGCCGUGUUGAAGAUGUCUGGGGUUACAGUAAAGGAUGUGAACCAGCAAGACUUCGUGAUGGCUUUGGCCGCACAUUUAAAAAAGUCGGGUAAGAUGAAGGUCCCUGAGUGGGUUGACUUGAUCAAGACCGGCAAACACAAGGAACUCUCCCCCUACAACCCCGAUUGGUAUUACGUGCGUUGUGCGUCCACCAUUCGCCACCUUUACAUUCGUGGGGGUGUCGGUGUCAAAUCAUUCAUUAAGAUUUAUGGAGGUCGUAAGAGGAGAGGGACCAAGCCUUCCCACUUCUGUGCAGGAUCAUCUUCUGUUGCUCGUAAAGUUCUCCAAUCCCUUGAAUCAAUUAAGUUGGUAACUAAGGAUGAGAUUGGUGGUCGCAGAAUCACACCCAGUGGUCAGCGAGAUCUUGAUAGAAUUGCAGGACAAGUCGCUGCAAAGAAACGAGACAUGAAGACCGUUUAAAUAAAAUCCACUACAUUCAAAC